GCCUGUGGGUGUGGGAGGGCGAGAGAGAGCGAGAGACAAAAACUCCAUCAGCCCGGACAAUGCUGGUUUAAAGCUUCCAACCUGUUAUUCUUUCCCCCCACUAUCACGGUACCAAGUGAUCUGUAUUUCCCCCAGCCCAACCCCCUUCCCUCCUCGUGGAAGAUAUGGAAGAGGAAGAUAAAGCUGCUGGCUGCUGGCGCUGACGGCGCGCAGCCCGCAUGCCUCUGCUGCCACAGCCGGGGCCGCUCCGCAGCCACUGCUCCAGCGAGCCGCUUGCAGCGGGAUGAGAUGCAACUUCUGUUAAUUGGAUCACAGGUUGCACAAUAAUUUGUGGGGGAGAGAUGAGACAAAGAUGAGAUAUUGAAAGACUCCCUAAGAAUAAACUGGAUAACAGAGACAAAAUGGCACAAUUCCAUCUUUGGCAUGAUGGAGGCUCAUGCUCCACUCAGCUGCAGCUGAUAUGCUUGGGUUAGAAGCCUAAGAAAGAGCAGAGAGAAAGAUUUUGGAUUCCUAAUUCAGAGGUCUGAAAAGCCAAAUGACUGUGAAAGAACCUCACCAUCCUCAUUCACUGAAGAGCUGAAGGUUUAAGUUGUAACUGGGCAUCUUGUUAUCAGAAGCAAAAUGAAUAACUCAACGUACAUAAACUCUUCCACUGAAAACGUGAUGGCCUUGGAAAGCCCCUAUAAAGCUGUUGAGGUUGUGUUCAUUGUCCUGGUGGCAGGGUCUCUCAGUCUAGUCACCAUAAUUGGGAACAUCUUGGUCAUGGUGUCAAUCAAAGUCAACAGGCACCUCCAGACUGUCAACAAUUAUUUCCUGUUCAGCCUGGCCUGCGCUGACUUGAUCAUUGGCAUCUUUUCCAUGAAUCUGUACACCCUCUACACUGUGAUAGGCUACUGGCCCUUGGGGCCUGUGGUUUGUGACCUCUGGCUGGCUCUUGACUAUGUGGUCAGCAAUGCCUCUGUAAUGAACUUGCUCAUUAUCAGCUUUGACAGGUACUUUUGUGUCACCAAGCCUCUGACGUACCCUGUGAAGCGGACCACAAAGAUGGCCGGCAUGAUGAUCGCAGUCGCCUGGGUGCUGUCCUUCAUCCUCUGGGCCCCUGCAAUUCUCUUCUGGCAAUUCAUUGUGGGAGGAAGGACUGUCCCAGAUGGGGAUUGCUACAUCCAGUUUUUUUCCAACCCUGCUGUCACUUUUGGCACUGCCAUUGCAGCCUUCUAUUUGCCUGUUAUCAUCAUGACUGUCCUUUACUGGCAAAUCUCUCGAGCCAGUAAGAGUCGGAUAAAGAAAGGAAAAAAAGAAGCUGCCCAAAACCAAGAAACAGUUUCCUCCAACCUUGUCCAAGGUAAAAUAGUGAAACCAAACAAUAACAAUAUCCCGACCAGUGGAGAUGGGUUGGAGCACAGCAAAAUUCAGAAUGGAAAAGCCAGUGAAGAGACUGUAACCAAUAACUAUGUCCAAGGGGAAAAAGAGAGCUCAAAUGAUUCCACCUCCAUCAGUGUGGUUGCUUCCAACUUGAAAGAGAAUGAAGCUACCAAAGAUGCCAGACAGGCUUCUGCCUCCCAAGACCAUGUUAAAACAGAGAACUCCAAGCUGACAUGCAUCAGGAUAGUCACCAUGUCCCAAAAGGGGGACUGCUCGGCCCCUACCAAUACUACUGUGGAGAUUGUGGGCACAAACGGAGAGGAGAAGCAGAGCAGCGUAGCCCGGAAAAUCAUCAAGAUGACAAAGCAGCCAGCCAAAAAGAAACCACCCCCUUCUAGGGAGAAAAAAGUGACAAGGACAAUUUUGGCCAUCCUCCUGGCCUUCAUCAUCACCUGGACCCCAUACAAUGUGAUGGUGCUCAUCAACAGCUUCUGCACAUCCUGCAUCCCUACCACUGUAUGGACCAUAGGUUACUGGCUCUGUUACAUCAACAGUACCAUUAACCCUGCCUGCUACGCACUCUGCAAUGCCACUUUCAAGAAGACCUUUAAGCACCUUCUUAUGUGUCAUUACAAGAAUAUAGGAACUACAAGGUAAAAAAAAAAAAUGAAAGUAAUUAUGGAAAGGGUGAAGAAGUUCCAAAUUAAAUUUAAAAAACCCUUGAUGCACUUUAUGCUCUUCUAUGGAGUGUGCAAUCCAGGAUGUUAGUGGAAAUAUUGAUAGGAGGCAUCAGCUGUACCCCUGAGGACACACUUUAAAACAUUUUUUUAAUAAAUCAAAUUAAAUCUUUAGUACGACACAGGGAUGUUUGAGAAAUCAUUCAAGUAUGUGGACUGGAGGCACAGUUUCUUACUUUCUGAGAGUACUCUGCAGAAGGGCUUUAAAGUCUAUUAUUUUUGGUCAUUCUGUGUAAAAUACUCAUCCUUUCAUUCUCUUUUUCUUGUUUUCUUUUUCCUGUGUGUGUUUAUUACAUUUUCAUCUAGGUUAAAAAGAAACAAAACAAAUUUUAAUAACUGUGUGGAAGAGGCAUAGGAGUUUGGAAGGUCAUUGCAUAAUCCAAAUCAAUCAUGGCAGAAAUUUUCUAAAGCUCAAAGUUCUCUAAAGCUGUUUUGCCACUGUCAUGUAAGAAGCUUAAUGUUAGGUAAAUCAUGAUGGAAGUUUUUUAUGUUGUUUAUGACACCACCAUUUCCAAAACCAUAUUAGUUCUGAAAGUUUACUUAUGAGCAAUACGUAACCAUUGUGUGCUGUUCCAAGUCUGCUGUUUGCCCCCUCCCAGGGGCUUUUGUUCUGUGACUACUUCAUCAUGACAAGAUGAAAGUUAAAAGAUGUGGUCUCGUGCAGACUGCUACAUGCCAAGAUUUCUUCAGCAUCCACGUAAACCUAAGAUUUUGAGACAAUUUUGUUCACUUUGUUCGUCACAUAACAUCAACCUGUGGAUUUGUCUUUUACCUUCAUCAGCCUUUUCUUCCUUUCUGUACCUUACUUGCCCAGGGUAAGACUGAGUGUCAAAAGAAGCUGUAAAUUUAAAAGUCUCAUCCAGUCAGCCACCAUGGUGGCCAAUCAAAGGGUCUCAGCUGAAGAAUAUAAAUGAGAUUAUUACAAGGAAAACUAAAGGCUACAUCCACUUAAAGUUGAAUGCACAGAUGAAGAGGUAUGUUGAGGCUUCACAGAAUGAAUAGUUAAUAUUAGAUGACCAUGCUCUUGAAUCAUCAAAAGAUGAUUCUGUGGUUAAUUUAUUGAGGAAAAGAAUGAGAUAGGCUGACAUACCCACCUGGAUCAAGCUCUGCUAAGCCUCUAGUAUGAAACUGGUGUCCUUUCUGGCUGAAUCCUGGACAAGAUGUUUACUUUCUGGAAAAGAUAAUGGUCACAUUGCCUUGUACUACCUGAGAGCCAUAUUUUGCCUGUAAGCCAAGAGGUAACAUUGAUGAAAAGGCAGAGAGAAAAACUGUGAUUAUAGAAAACCAGAUACUGAAAUAGUCUGGAUGGGAGUCUGGAAACGGUUAAGUUCAAAUAUUUUUUGCUACUCUACACUAGGUGAAAUUUAGAUUAUUUCUGUCUGACAAAGGAUUUAGUAUUCCAAUAUUUGAUAUUUCCUGUAGCAAAACUAAACAUUUUGUGGACAGGGUAUCAGAUUACUGAAAACAGAGAUUGUCUGUGACUUAUGCAUAUUUUGUUUACCUCCUUCUUAGAACCUCUAAUUUCCAGGUCCUAACAAUGGUACAUUUAUAUAUUUUGUUACCCAAAAAGAGCAUAGACAGUGUUCCUGAGAGUCUCUUUUCUUGAGUGAAUGCCCCCCACCAAAUAGGACAAAAAUUCAUUUUGUUAUUUCAUGUUACAACAUUAGAGCAUUCCAAAAUGCACCUCAAAAUAGCAGCCUCUGAGAUUACAGAGACAUUAAUCUUGUAGAAUUAAGUUUUACAUUCAAAUGCUUGUUUGAACAGUGUCAAAGUGCUUAGGUAUCAUGACAAUUUUCAUGUUUUGUAAUACAAGUUCCCAGCAGAAAGUGAAAAUGAGGAGGAUUAAACUGCAGUAAAUUAAAGCCACAUUAACUCCAGAUUAAUGUGUCUUAAUAUGAAGCCAAGGAACUUCUACCCCUAGUGAUUUCAUCCUAGCAUAACUGUCUCUAUACAGCCAAGGAUCUAAUUUUGCAACCCUCACUUGCUUGAGUCAUAUCUACUAUCACUGUUCCCAUCUUCCUGCUUGUAAGGAAGAAUAACUCAAUGACAAAGCUAGCCAAACUGAGCACUUCUUGCCUUUUAAAACUUCAUUCACUAGGUUUAUCUUGACAGGUCAAAGGAAGGACUUACACAUUCCUAGGUUGUUCAUUCUAUUAUACUGUUAAAAUAAUCAGAUAAAAUUCCAAGAUAAAACAAAAUCAAAUAUGUUCAAUUUCUAAAUCUGACCUUUUUAGAAAAGUUUCAUAAAAGAAACAUACCUGCUUCUUUUUUUCAGCAAGUGCUGUAGGUAUCAAUAGAACAGGUUUUCUAAACUGGGAAAUAAUGGUUUUGCACAGCCAUACUUAAUCUUUUAAUUCUGGUUUUCUGGCAGGUGUGCAAAUUCUUUAUUUUCACAUUUGAAGCUAUCACUUUUUCAUAAUGAAUUAAUCUAACAACUAAGGACACUCCUACAGGUUAAAAAGGCAACAGAUAGAUUUCAAUUAUACUCCGUCAUCACAUGAUAUGAUGACACUGAAAAUACCACAGGAAGAAAAGUAUUUUGAGGCCAACUUUCAUGAAAAAAACAAGCAAAGGAAAAAUAUCAGUUUGAAGUUUUCUAGCACUUUUCCCUAACACCACCCUCACUUUUGAUCUUAAAAGACAAGGUGCUCUGAUUUGUGCUAUAGUAUAUUUAAAAGACUGGCAAGACACACAGUUCUCUGUGUUUCCAACCUGUAACAGUUCCAUGGUACAUUUACAUUUGCAGAAAAUUAACAAGCGUAAACGUGACACAGUGCACCUAUGUAUGGAUCCACAGGCAUGCAAACACACAGCCCUACAUGGUUUAUACACAUGAAAAAUAACCAACUAAUAUUCAAGCUAUUGAAUGGAAUCUUGUCUUGUGUGCAUUGCCAGCUGCUGGGAGGUGCAGAGCCAACAGUUAUUGCACUGUCUAGCCCCUCCUGGAGGCAGAGAAGAGGCAGAAUGUGCUCUCAGAUACUGCGAAUCUCUUGGGUGUUCAGCUGAUUGUGGCUCAGUAAGACAAAAAUGUGGUAAUAGUUCAGAGCUGCAAGUAAUUUGUUCUUGAGUAGCCUUUGAGCUUUCAUAUCUUUCCUUUGUGUUCAAAACCACAUUCACCAGGUUUCAUUUCCUUCUGAGUGAUAGCUCUGCAGGAUCUAGGUGUCAGUCUUGAAGAACAGCUCUCCCCCUUAACUUCAGCUUCCCUGGCUGUCACCUGCACCCUGUAGUCCCCAAGACCCCAGGUGGCCCCGCUGCUGGAGCUGCUUCAUCUUCACCUUGGGCUUGGCCAGAGGAUCCCAGCUGCACAUCCACACCACGUGCUGCACUGGCCACUUCUGUUUCACGCAGAAAUCAAGCACACUGUGCAGGUAACUCAUGAGAACAAAAAGAAAAAAAAUCCCAAAACCAAUAACCAACAAAAAUAUUGCAGCUAGAACUUCUUGCCUCCUCUUUUUCUUCCUCUUUCAUUAUUUCUAGAAAGAGGCAGCCCACGGGCAGUGAUUUGCAUUGUCAUGGGACAGCCCUACCUUCACGCUCCUGGAAGAGAACAGCAACUUGGAGAUGCAUCAAUCCAGUGGGCAACUUUUCUGCAUAUUAAAGAUGUCUGUGGUCAAAGAGAAGGGAAGAAAGGAAGAAAGAAAAAGAAAGAAAAUAAAAA